CCCCUCCUCUGCCCGUCGCUGCGCUUGGCGGCGGCGCUCACCUCGCUCUGCUCCGCCGGUCCCCGGUACCCUCUGCCGCUCCCCGGACCCCUCCGCCGCCCCGGCACAGCCGCCUGCCGGUCGCCGUCACCACUUCACUGGCUUCUGCCCCGUUGCCCCGCACGAGCUCGACGGCGCCCGCCCGCUUACCUUUCCUCUUCCCUACUAUCGCCGCCCCUGUCGUACUGUCGUCGCCCGCCGAUCUCAUUUUACCAUCGACAACAACCUCACCAAGCUCCAGAUUUGGGACAUGGGACCUGAGCAUGUAUUUGAUGAAUUGACUAAGGCGCUGAAAGAUCCUGCAGAUUUUGUAGAUUUUGAUCUGCCAUCUGCGUUGAAAGAAUGGAAGCUGGGCUACUACAUACCAAUUAAGCGGAAUAUUUAUCUUACUAAGAAGCGGGUUGAAGAUGAUGGCAUUUUUUGUUCCUGCUCCCUUUCUUCUGAAUCACCAGUUACUUGUGGAAAAGAUUGCCAAUGCGGGAUGCUGUUCUCUUGUUGUUCAUCAAACUGUAAAUGUGAGAACAAGUGUGCCAAUAAAUCAUUCCAGCUCCGACCUUUGUUCAAAACAAAAUUGAUUAAGACAGAGAAAUGUGGCUUUGGAUUGAUAGCCGAGGACGAAAUAAAGAAAGGAGAAUUUGUUAUAGAAUAUGUAGGAGAAGUUAUUGAUGACAGAACUUGUGAGGAAAGACUAUGGAAAAUGAAGAGACAACGUUACACUAACUUCUAUCUUUGUGAGGUCAGUAGCAAUAUGGUCAUUGAUGCGACAAACAAGGGGAACAAGUCCAGGUUUAUCAAUCAUAGUUGUGAACCAAACACAGAGAUGCAGAAAUGGACUGUGGAUGGACAGACCAGAGUUGGAAUUUUUGCUCUUCGUGACAUAGAGAGAGGGGAGGAGUUGACCUAUGACUAUAAAUUUGUCCAGUUUGGAGCAGACCAAGAUUGUCAUUGUGGGUCUUCAAACUGCAGAAAAAUGGUUGGCACGUCUAAGUCGUUCAACUCAUUUGUUCUUCACAAUGGCAACUCAGGAAGCUCGCAAGAUCAGCACGACAUAAAGAAAAGAAAGACAACCUCAGAUAAUUGUAUUGGGGAGAUCAUCCGUUUAUGGGAUCGACGAGAUAAAAUGUAUGUCCCAGCAGUUGUACAUGACUAUGAUGAGUACACUGGAAUGCAUACUUUACUGCUUGAUGAAGAAACUACUGAAAAAUUUGAUAUGAGAGAGGAAGAUUGGGACUUCCUACCGCGCCCAGAAGAUCCAGAAGAAGACGAUUAUUGAAGGAUCCUUAUGUUUCUGUGUACUAACCCGAUACAUCCAAUUGAUUGCCAUCUCAGCAGAACCUGUCACUACCAUUGUAGACAAAUCAUCGCUGGGGAAGUACUUGCUGCAACCAUCCACCCUCAAACCAGAUUUUUUUCAGUGUGCUCCUGACAUGUAAAUUGGAUUUCCACCCUCAAAUUAGAUUGGUUUUCCUGCAUUCUCUCCCCUUUGCGAAUCAGCAGUUUUACCUUAUGUGACAUGUCCCUGAAAAUAUUGUCUUCUUAGAAUCAGCUGUUUUAAUUUUA